GAAACUCAGAGACUUCUACUCACACCUGAGUAAGACGGUGCUGUGUAGGCAGCGUGUGAUGGAGUUGUUGCCGCGGGUGGAGGGGGUGGUGCAGCACAUGGCCCAGUGUGAGCAAGAGCUGCUCCAACUGCAGGAGAAGAGACAGAGGGAGCUAUGGGAACUACUCAAGGUGGCCUGUAGUAAAGUGCGCAGUCCUGUCAGUGGUAGUCCUGAUGGAGCUCGGACACCCUUGGCCCCCCUCUACUCCCACACAGACCCCCGCUCCCCAGCAGCCUCACCACGCUACCCCAGCCUGAGGAGUCUCUUGUCAUGAUUGAGGAGAGCAGGACGUUUGAGAGUCGCCUGCAGAGUCUGUUGCAGGAGGCCAUUCAGGAAACAGAGCAGGACCUGCAGAUGAUGAGGGAAUGGGAGU